AUGAACUUCCUCACCGUUUUAGCCCUAGCCGCCUUAACGGUGUCCGCAUCAGCCUACUGUCCAGAAUUCCUCUACAAUGAAACAGUAUGCUCCUGCUCGGAAUACAUUGACGGUGCUAUCAUUCGCUGUAGUGGAUCAGAAUCCCCACAAAUUGUGGAGAAACUGAAGAAGUAUCAUCCUGAAAUCCGUGAGUUGGCCUUGGAGAACGCCAACAUUCUGGAGAUCGGAGCUCGCGCUUUCGGAUCAUUGAAGAUCAAAAAGUUGGUUUUGGACAACAACAAGAUCAAGGCCAUUCAUGCUCACGCCUUCAAGGGACUCGAGAAGGUGUUGCAAGAGCUUCACAUCAACAACAACAAGCUCCCCGAGAUUCCAACAGAUGCCAUUGAAGAGCUUACCGCUUUGAACAUCUUGAGCUUGAAGUGCAACGAGAUCGGAAACAUUACCGCCAACUCGUUGGUUGGACUUCCUACUUUGAUCGAAAUCAACUUGGGUUGUAACAAGGUACGGUUUUGUUAAGCUACCUUGUAUAGUACUACAAUAAUAUGACCUUCCAACGAAGACAAGUGCACAUUUGAAGUCAAAUAAUACAAUUUUAAUGUAGAAAUGUAACUUCUAUUCAUAUAUCUACUUUCAGAUCUCAAACAUCGCCGCCGAUGCCUUCGACCAAGUCCGUGCCACCGUACAAAACAUCAACUUAGACAACAACAAUCUCAAGCACAUCCCCACCAAGGCCAUUGAAAACAUGAACUCCUUGAUUGGACUUCACAUGAAGUACAACAAGAUCGAGAAGCUUGAAGCCAACCAGCUUCAGAAGCUCCCCAACUUGGCCAUGUUGUCUCUGAACGGAAAUAAGAUCAGCUCCAUUGACAAACAGUUCGUCAACAACGUCACUUCCCUCAAGUACCUCUACUUGGGAGAGAACAAGAUCAAGGACGUCAGUGCUGAGAUCCUGAGACAAUUCGUGAGUGUUGAGAUCUUGGACUUGAGCUACAACAACAUCGGAGAUCUGGCCGAAGGACAAUUCAGUGUGUUGGAAAGUGUGCAAAACUUGAACUUGGAAGGAAACCAGAUCAAAGUGAUCAAGAAGGGAGCCUUCGAUGGUACCCCACUUCUGCUUUUGUGGCUUCCAUACAACUGUUUGACUAACAUCAGCGCCGAAGUCUUCCAAGGAAUCCCAUAUGUCAAGCACAUCUCGUUGACCCACAACAACAUCAAGGACAUUGAAUCCUUCACAUUCGGACGUUUGGCCAAUUUGCACACUCUUGACCUGAGCCACAAUCUGUUGGACAACAUUCAAUCGUCGUCCAUUAUGGGAUCCGACUUCUUGACCACCAGAACUCAAGGUAAGUCUUUGGUUAACUUAUGAUGUAAUAUGACAUAGAAUGCUUUCAGAGACAAAACGUAUACCAAUAUGAUAAAUAUUUUUCUUCCAGAAAACCCCUUCGUCUGUAAGCAAGAUGGCUUCCACGUAAUGAACGGCCGUGAAGCCCUGAACCUUACCAACGAGCCCAACCUCAUCUGCAAGGCUGUCCCCAAGGCUCAGUGUCCACAAAAGGGUAACCGACCAACUCCACCACCAUGUAACUGCAAGAAGUCAGUCAAAAAGACCACCACCACUUCUGCUCCUACCACCCCAACCACCACCGUAGCCCCAACUACCGCCUUCACCCAGGCCGCCGCAACCAGAGCGUCUCCAGAAGAGCGUAAUCUUGUAGCCGCUAUUGCCGCCGCCGCACAGAAGCACCAACAAGCCCAGAUGUUGUCCCAACAAGACUUGGACAGAGCUGCCGAAGCUGCCCGUCGUCUGAACAUGGAACGCUUCAUGAGAUUGUCCAAGACCCCAACCGACCCUCAACUCACUGCCCAUCACGAAGGCAUCAUCAGACAGCCAACGUUCUUGGAACGUCAGAAGGGAUUGUUGGCCAGAACCGAGCAACUCCAGCAACAACAACAAGCUGAGUUCGUGGCCAAGACCAAGAGCUCCGUGACCGCUCCAAUCGAAUUCAGCCACGAUGAGCAAGUGGAGAGCGUGAGUAAGGACGAGACCGUGCCAGUUGUUCAUGUCCCCAGCAAAUUGUAA